AUCUGAAGAGGAUACGUGGGUGGUCCCGGAGCCUGAUAAAGUCAAGCCUACAGGUCACGACAUCUGACUUCUAUAUCAAAAAUAUAUCGCACUUUCUCAAGUACAUGGAGGAAACGCCAUGCAAGGGGAGCAGGCUCAACCAAAAUGACAUGAUUUUAAUCACACGGGAAGUUUCUGCCAUCCUGAAGUCCAUGAGAAAGAAGGUGGUUAUCCACCAGAUGCAGGUGAAGCGGGACAAGAUGGAAGGUCUGCCAAGCCAUAAAGACAUCAUGGCAUGUUUGACUGCGGCCAAAACUCGCAUCCCUCAGCUCCUGGACGUGAUGACCAGUAAUCCGACUAACGCAACCCGGACCCUGCUCUAUGGGUACAUGACCCUCAAUUGGAGCUGCAUUUAUGGGCACCGUCCGGGGGUCUACUCUAACAUGACCAACGCGGAGGUCCGAAAGGCGGAGACAACUGGCACUGCCUUUGGCUUCCUCAUCCACGUAAGCAACCACAAGACGGCCAACGUGUUCGGGGAAGCGCAGCUGUACCUCACCACAGAAGAAUUUGGAUGGAUGAAGAGGUGGCUGGAAAUCAAGGGGACGCUGACCGGCACCAACAACCGCUACUUCCUCUGCACAGCGGGGAAGAACCCAUCGAGGAACCUUGCCUCCUUCCUGAGGUUGGCAUGGACUGAUGUGGGACUAAAAGGUCCCAUUAAUUUCACCGACCUCCGCACAGUCCAUGCCGAUAAUGCGAAGAGGUUUCAGGACAUAGGCAACCGCCAAAGAGUGAGUGAUUUCAUGUGUCACAACACUGCAACUGCAGACACAUUUUAUGCCAAGAAUCCUUCUUUGAAGGAUGCUGCGGACAUACGUAUGCUCUUCACAGAGUCACUGCAAGCAGCGGCCGCAGCAGCAUCAGGGGGGAGUGAAGACAAUUUGGGGUACAUUGACAUCCACAGUGACCGUGACAGCUCUGGAGAGGAGCAUAGCCCCACUCCCUACCAAGACUCCCCCGAUACCGAGACGUCAGAUGAAGACUUCAACGCUUGGAGAGCGGCGAAGAGGGAACAGUCAAUGGCCGAACACAGUCCCUCAGACACGGGUGAAGAGAGGGUGCCAGCCUCUGCACCAACUUCACCCGAUACGGACAAUGAUGCCAGUGACCAACUUAUGCCCAGGGGCACGAGGUUCUGGUGGUGUGCAUGA